AUGAACUCCUCAACAAGCCGAAAUGCUGCAAAAAAGCAAACCCAGGAGGAAAUUAAGAGGCAGAUAGCACUGCUUCAAGCAUGUUUGGAGCCUGAAUCUGAAUCUGAGACGACGCCAAUGGUGAGGUCACCGAAGAGGAAGAGUGUGGAUCAGCCUGUAACGUUGGCGCCAGCGACACCGUCACCAAAAAAGAAGAGAAAAACAGACGAUCGUUGCUUGGGGAAACCCAUUGCCAGACCGGUAUUUCACUCAACGUCUCCGAAUAUAUCGCGUCUUGUGGCAAGUAGCAGCAAACCGCCCCAGCAAUUCACAAAACUUGCUCCUUCAAACAUAAUAAACAAGUUAGCAAGCAUCACUCAGAAAGGGGAUGGGGAGGAUGCACCAGAGGCACACCCACGCUCUGCAGCAUUCACUGACCGACCUGUAAAGCCAUCACCUGUUGACCAUGAGAUACACGGACAUAAACGCGAUGAACGGCUGGCUCUCAUAGAGAAUAUAGAACCGGGCCCAUAUCAACAUACGCCGCCCACCGACGACCCCAAUUUCGAGAAGCUAGAGCCUCAUUCAGGCAUUGCCAUGGUCUCACGGACAAUACCACAUGAGGAAUUUAAUGAUCAUUUGGCGGGGCGAUACUAUCUUUCACCAUCCCGUCUUUAUUCGUCCAUCAGGUUACUUCCCGAUAAGCAGGGCUAUGACGUCUCUGUACCAGGCGACUGGAUCACCAUCGCCGUAGUGGCAGAGCGAGGUCCGAUCAAGUUCACGCGCGCACCGGUCGCAAUCGAGCGGGAGAGUGGAGAUCCCGAUGCUAAUAAGAAGCAUUGGAAGGGCAAGAACAGAGACAACGAGCCUGAAAAGCCAGGCGGAAAGAAGUUCGUCAAUUUGAAGCUGGUGGAUUUCGGUGCGCGGUCGGGGUCGACGUCGUCGGCGACGGGGCGCACGCCAACGAUUAGGGGUGAUGCAUUUUUGACGCUGCUGCUUUUUGAGGCGGAUGGGUUUGAUUUGAUACCCAGGGAUGAUGGAAGGAAGCCGGAGAAGAUUUAUAAAGGCGGGAGUCGAGGCGCGUUUGAGCAUCUUACGAAUGUGAAAGAAGGGGAUGUCAUUGCGUUGUUGAAUCCCAGAAUACUAAAGCCUUUCCAGAGGUCGAAUGAUAGUCCUCAUCCAGUGAACAAUAUUCUGGCUCUAACCCCAGAAUCUGCGUCUUCUAUCAUGGUUCUUGGACGUGCGCGGGAUCUGGGUAUGUGUACUGUUCGAAAACAAGACGGAAAGAUAUGUGGUAGCUGGUGUGAUAAGCGACUGAGCGAAGUUUGUGAUUACCAUGUUCAAAACGCUGUCCAGCGGCGCAGAGCAGCGCGGCCUGAAUUCUCCGUCGGUACUUCUGGAAUGUCUACGUCCGCGACUCAUAAGAGCAAAAACGCUUAUGAUCCGUUACGCAAAUGGGGUCUCAAACCAUCAGAUGAGGUUUCUGGUAAUGGAGCGACGUAUAUGGUCGCGGGGCAUGUCGUCUCUGGGUCAUCUGCUGACCCUAGGACAAUGUUUGUUGGAGAAACUAUAGGAAGAGAAGGACAAGCCAGGGCGAAGCGGAUAAUGGAUAACAAAGACUCCGAUCGAGCACUCAAAGCACUGCUGCAGCGAGAUAAGGAGGGCAUGAAGGCUGUCAUGAAAGCUAGGGAGGUGAAUCGCCAGCUCACGAAAAGUGGAAAGGACAACAAAAGCGUGGGUACUACGACAAAGAAAAGAAAGAAAGAUCAGGAGGGCAGCGAUGAAGAGGAUCAAGGGGGUCAGAGUGACACCAAGAUUGACAAUCUCCGGAAGACAGCAUAUUCCGCUGGAAUCAUCAAAUCUCUAGGUUUCGACCCCUCGUUGAAACCAGGUCAACGAAGAGUGGAAACAAAGGGUGUCCAACAGAAGCUAGAAACUCUUGAAGCGCUACUACAGGGAAGAAAAGACAUUGCGUUGGGUCCUAAGCCUGGUCCGCGGAUUCGAUCUGGAGUCACAGCGCCCAAACGAGAUAAGGUGGCACCGGAAGAGCCAAGAGAGCAAAUGUGUGAUUUGGACAGUGACUCGAAUGACGAGUUGCCAGAGAAGAUGACGCUGGCCCCCAAGGCGAUAGACAAGAAUGAACCAGAAACUAAAAUGGUGGAUCUUGACGACUUCUGA